GUGGCGACGGUGUCAAACAACCACGCCCUCCGAGGCAAGGAGCUUUAAGCAUGGCCGGGCGUCGCGGGUCCGGGACCAGGAAAGGAGUUUUAUAGCUGCUUUUAGACAUCAUCUGUGGAUUUUCCAUAUUUCUGGCAUCAGUAAACACUUCCUGCCUGACUCUGACCAUUAACCGGGAGGCCUGACUGUUUCUGUGAAAGAACAAGUGAGCUUUACCUUGGAGCAAUGCUGAAAUUUCAAGAGACUGCUAAGUGCCUGAGUGGCUCUACAGCCAUUUCCAAGUGUCCAACUACCUUGAUCGCAAGAAGAUAUGUUCUUCAGCAGAAACUUGGCAGUGGAAGUUUUGGAACCGUCUAUCUGGUGUCAGACAAGAAAGCCAAACAGGGAGAGGAACUAAAGGUACUCAAGGAAAUCUCUGUUGGAGAAUUAAAUCCGAAUGAAACUUUUCAGGCCAAUGUGGAAGCCCAGCUCCUUUCCAAGCUAAAUCAUCCAGCCAUUGUCAAGUUCCAUGCAAGCUUCGUGGAGCAGAACAAUUUUUGCAUUAUCACAGAAUACUGUGAGGGCCGAGAUCUGGACUAUAAAAUUCAGGAAUAUAAAGAAGCUGGGAAAAUCUUUCCUGAAAACCAGAUAGUAGAAUGGUUUAUCCAGUUGUUGCUUGGAGUUGAUUAUAUGCAUGAGAGGAGGAUACUCCAUCGCGACUUGAAAUCAAAGAAUAUCUUUCUGAAAAAUAAUCAACUUAAAAUCGGGGAUUUUGGAGUUUCUCGACUGCUGAUGGGAUCGUGUGAGCUGGCUACAACUUUGACUGGGACUCCCUAUUACAUGAGUCCUGAGGCCCUGAAGCACCAAGGCUAUGAUGCCAAGUCUGACAUCUGGUCACUGGCAUGCAUUUUAUAUGAAAUGUGUUGCAUGGAUCAUGCAUUUGCUGGUUCCAGUUUCUUGUCUGUCGUUUUAAAUAUUGUUGAAGGCGACACACCUUCACUUCCUGAGAGAUACCCACAAGAACUAAACACCAUCAUGGAACGCAUGUUGAACAAGAGUCCUUCACUGAGACCAUCUGCUGUAGAAGUUCUAAAAGUCCCUUACAUUGACGAGCAGCUUCAGCACCUGAUGUGUAAAUAUUCAGAAAUGACGCUGGAAGACAAGAACUCAGUUUGUCAGAAGGAUGCUGUUCAUAUAAUUAAUGCCAUGCAGAGAAAGAUUCACCUGCAGAUUCUGCAAGCCCUAUCUGAAGUGCAGAAAAUGACUCUGAGAGAAAGGAUGUGGCUGAGGAAGCCGCAGGCAGCUGAUGAGAAAGCCAGGAAGCUGGCAAAGAUUGUGGAAGAAAAAUAUAAAGAAAAUAACAAAUGGAUGCAGGAAUCGAGAUUCCAGAAUUUUGAACAUCCGAGCGUCAAUGUGCUCCAUGAAUUAGAUGAAUGGACUUCAGAGAACCUGCCUGAGCCUCAUUCCCUUCCUUCCCUGGACCUCGAUGAAGUUGAGCCAAGUUUAGAUGACACCAUAGUUGGCCUUGGACAUGGGAUCCCAGAAGACCCACUUGUUGCUGAAGAGUAUUAUGCUGAUGUAUUUGAUUCCUGUUCUGAGGAGAGUGAAGAGCAGGAGGAAGAAAUGGUGUUCUCAGGAGCAGAGCUAGAAAUGAGGGACAGAGGAGCCCUGCCUGCUUACAGAGCAAACCAACAGGACAGUGAUAUUGAAGCCCUGGUUGGGUGUUUGGAAAACGUCCUGGGUUGUACCUCUCAAGACACAAGGACCAUUACUAGUGUGGCUGUGGACAUGUCCCCCAGACCAUCCAUUUUCAACAGUGCGAUGGCCAGGACCAAGAUGAAACACGUGAAGGAAUCAGCCAUGCAGAAGCUAGGAACAGAAGUGUUUGAGGAGGUCUACGAUUACCUCAAGAGAGCAAGGCACCAGAAGGCCUGUGAAGCAGAGAUCCGGGAGCACCUGGAGACCGUGGUUCCUCGGGCCAGCGACUGCUUUGAAGUUGACCAGCUCCUCUACUUUGAGGAGCAGCUGCUGACCACAGAAGGAAAAGUGCUCACUCUCCAGAACCUUCGCUGUGAAGCUGACCCUGAAGAAGCACAUACAGUUCUGUGAAAAUCCAUGAGGUUUCCACUCUGGACUACAUCUUGGGAUACUAGCGCACAACUGGAGCCGCCAUCUUUACCUUCGGCUCCUGGUCAGAAGUUAGGAUGUCUAUGGAGAUGUCUGUGUCUAUGCACUCAGCUGGCUGCUGGUGCCUGGAGUCACAGGUCAAGGUCAUAGAUGAAGUCUGGCAUCCUGAAAGGCUUUCCUUCAUGCCUGCAGCCCUCAGGGUUUCCAAUGGGGUAGAAGUACUGUGACGACACAGGUGCUCUGUAUCUGUGUCCAUCCAGAGCAUGCUCAGAGCCCAACCACCAUGAUCUCCAGGGACUAUGGCCAACUUGCUUGUGAUGGACACAGGAUACUGGCCUGGGCAUUGACCUGCUAAACUCCAGUGAUGAUUUUUCUUUCUUUCUAUGACUAACAUGCAAACCGUAUGUAAAUAAUGGGCUUGGAUUGAAAAAUCCCAAAAGUGACUCUGUGAUUUAUUCCUAAAACUCACUCAUGGAGCAAUAAAGGCUUUUAUUUAUAAUAAAUA